AUGUCCUUCUGGCCGAUUUCUGCCACGGCGGCCAAUCUCAUUGAGACUAGCCAACUGCGCAGGAGAUAUUAUAGUGCACAAGUGAACGCGCAGACACAACGUGCACUCUCUAUUCCUGUCACUCUCAUACUCCGGUUGGACGACUACUCGACACGACCGGUGGGAGUUGAGGCGCAGGACAACGGUUUUACGUGCUCUUCGAAGCACGGGGGUGAAACUCGAACCCAGACUGGAACCCAGGACUCCGGUUGUGCAGCAGUACAUGCUAGCCAUUGCACCACCGAGGCAGUUAACAACAACAAUAGUGUGCGAAACUCAUAUACUGAUUCUAAAAGCAAA